AGCAAAAAAUGUCUUCUUCAAACCCUCUCAAUGCAGACUACGCAUGGCCGCUGUACGAUGACGAGCCCAUCGGAGGAGCCUUCGAACUCGACACCGCCAAUGGCAUCGACAAAGCCGUCGCCACAAGCGUCACACGUCCCUGGCUCUUCGGAUUUAGGCCCACUACAUCUACGCCAAAUGGAAGAGGUAUCCUUAUUCUAGGUGGUGGAGGGUACAUCGAGCUCAUGGUGGGAAGAGAAGGGGUGCAGGUAGCGAGGUGGCUGGCAGGACUGGGAUUUCACGCUUUCGUGCUGAUUCAUCGCUUUCCGAAUAAAGAGACGGGAAGUCAGGCGCCAGUAGACGAUGCAAGGCGGGCUUUGAGUUUGAUUAAAGAGAAGGGUUUUGUGGAAGGCGGUCUGGCUGUGUGCGGUCUCUCGUCUGGUGGGCACCUCGCUGCAUCGCUACUUUCGACAUAUCCCACGACUUGGAAUAGACCAGAUGUGAAAAGCGGCGUCCCGAAACUCGACUUUGCUAUUAUUGGCUAUGCGCCCAUUUCUACGAACGCGAAAGGUCGCCAGAUCAUUGCGGACAAGCCUGCGCUGGAGCCGCCAGAGAAGCAGGCGCUUUACGAUACCGUGCAGCCAGACGUACAGUUGGAGAGCAAAGUUCCGCCGACCUUCAUAGUGUAUGCUGGAAAUGAUCCGGUUGUGCCAGUGGUGAAUGCGUAUAGGCUGGCCGAAGGCAUUACGAAGGCUGGUGCGCCUGUGGAGCUUCACGUCUUUUCGGAUGCGCCGCACGGGUUCGCAUUGGACACGCUGGGACUUCCAGUGAGCGAGUGGCCGAGUAUAUGCGAGAGGUGGAUGAAACAGGGUGGCUUCAUAAGAUAA